AUGAAUCACUGGGCGGUCCAGCCAAACGCUUUCGCUGCCGGCGGAGAUUUGAGGAGCUCCGUCACCGUCGUGGAAAGAGAUCAGACUGUCGUUUGCCCAAAACCACGUCGUAUCGGUCUCCGUAACCACCCUGCCUUCUACGAACAGCACCAUCCUUCUCGCUCUCUGCGUUGUUACUUUAGCCACCAAGUGGAGCUAUGUGAAUCCAAGGCAGAGACUGAUAUCUUAGACAUCAUACUUACCAAGGAUGGUUAUGGUACGGAGCAAGUUCGUAGUACGCAGGCAAUAGACUCGCCGUCCCCGUUUUUAUGUGGGUCGCCGCCGAGCAGAGUCGCUAACCCGUUAACACAGGAUGCUCGAUUCCGAGACGAGAUCACACUGCUCUCUUCGCCGGUCCCGGCGCCGCUGGGCCAACCUCCGUCGUCAUCUCCUUCUUCUUCCUCGGGGAGGAAAGGAGGAUGUGUUGUUAGAGGCAAUUUUGGUAACAGCCCAGCGGUUAGGAUCGAAGGGUUUGAUUGCCUUGACAGGGACAGUAGAAACUGCAGCAUCCCUGCCUUGGCUUAG